AUGGAUAGCCUCCCAAAUGUAGCCACAGCGAAGGGAGGGUCGGAUUCGACAUUCAACGAAAAUUUGAUCAGGGAAGUACGCCAGAAUUCUAUUAUCUAUGAUUCUUCACAUCCGCAUUACUGUAACUCAAACAAGAAACAGGAAGUGUGGAGUGAAAUUGCUGCGAAGCUCAAUGAAAAAGUGGAAGCAGUGAAAACUCGAUGGCGUACGUUACGCGACCGAUACACGAAAGAACGACGUCGUGUUUCGACUUGUGGAGUUGCUCCAACGUUUUCCUACUAUCUGGACCUCUGCUUCUUGGAUAAAUUUUAUGCCGAAAAUAGGGUCACACCAGCAAAGCGUAGCAAGGGAAGCAGCAGCGGUAGUAGCAAUGGUACUUCAGGCGUUAUGGCAGCAGCAAUUGUGAAACAAAAAAUCGCUGAGCAACUGUCACUGGAUGACUGUGAUGCAUACCCAUUUGAUUCGAAUGGGCAUGUUUUUGGAACGGAAAAUGAGGCAAAGAUAAAAGUGGACGAGGCAAGGCCGCCAUCGUCUCUCUCGGAAUGUUUAUUGCUACAAAAUGAUUCAAAGGCUCAGUGCUGGUCGCCAACAGUUGUUUCUGAUCCGGUAGAUCGCACUGAAGAAGUACCAUCAAAACGCCUGAAAAUGGAUUCUUCGCCGGCGUCCCCAUCCGAUACAGUUGUGGAUGCACUGAUGCGCAGUGCUGAAGCUCUGCAGCGUUUGGCAGAACGGAAGUCGAUUUUCGACCGCUCGGCAGCUGGUCCACGCGAUGCCGACGAGUGUUUUGCAGAUUUUGUAUGUAUGUCAUUGAAAUCAAUUGAGAAUGAAAGCCGGGUCCAUGCUCGCAUUGCAAUCCUUCAUGCUUUGGCACAAUUUCAGACAUAA